AUCGCUGGCCUGAAGAAGGCGUUCGCGCAGAUCCGAGUGGGCGACCCAUUGGACGCCAACGUACUGUACGGACCCUUACAUACCAAGAGUGCGGUUGAGGCCUAUCUGUCGGUCGUCGCCGAAGCGGUCAAAGCGGGCGCUCGAGUGGAGUGCGGGGGGAAAGGCAUCGAAAGGGAGGGCAACUUCGUUGAGCCCACUAUUAUCACGGGCUUAACACAUGACUCGCCGCUCGUCCAGAAGGAGACAUUCGCGCCGAUAGUCUACGCCCUGAAGUUCGCCACUUUGGAUGAGGCCAUCGGUUGGAACAAUGGAGUCAAACAGGGAUUGUCGAGCAGUCUCUUCACCCAAAGUCUCGGAAAUAUAUUCAAAUGGAUGGGACCGAAGGGCUCCGACUGUGGUAUCGUUAACGUGAAUAUACCGACAAAUGGUGCAGAAAUUGGUGGCGCUUUUGGCGGAGAGAAGCACACCGGAGGCGGACGAGAGUCGGGAUCUGAUUCAUGGAAGCAAUACAUGCGGCGCUCGACCUGUACUAUCAAUUAUGGCAAACAAUUACCAUUGGCUCAGGGCAUCAAAUUUGAGUGAUCAUCACCGGCUCCACCAUCGAUGAGAUCACAGUUUAAGACAAUAUAUAUAUAUUUUUUUAAUGUUAACCCAAACGCCGACUGAAUGGCAACCGAUAUCUCGUAAACCCUUUUUGGGAUUUCAUGUCAAAGACAAUCAGUUUUUUACUCACAUUUCUGGUCAGAUCUUUGAUUUUGUAUCCGAUUUAGUGAACCAAUUGACGAAUAAAUAAUGCAUUCAUUUUUGUCAUCA